UUCUAACAACCCGAUGGCGCUUUCACACCGAGGCAGAGGUGGGACUCGACAGCACACCGUCUUAAGUCCCUCAGUGUGUCCGUUUGGGAGAAUACCGUCGUCUGAUUGGAGGGAGGCGGAUUAGCUGUCAUUCUAUAGUUGCCAUCUAUUGAAGGGCGGGAGGAGGCAGUCGUUUCCCCCCCCGACUCUCAGCUCAGUUUCUCUGUGCGUCGGAUGGAGGCUCACUGUCUACACUGGCUGUGGUGAGAGAGAUUUGUUGUUAUCUCUGAUGAUGAGAUCUAAUGUUUGAAUAUGUUUAAUGUAGGUAUUUGUUUUCCAUCGCUUGAAUGGGAAAGUGCUCUAGUAGAGUUAUAUAUAUAUAGAGUUUAUUGUUAUUUAUACGGUACUGUUAACCCAGUCCCGCAUUUACUUUAUCCUGUGCAUUAUUCAUUGAUUUAGGGAUCAUAAUUCAUUAAAACAAACUUGUAUGCGAUUCGUUAAUACCAUAUUAUCUUUUUAAAAUGUCUCUAUUCCCAAAAAUUGCCUUGCUCACCUCUUGUUUUCGGACUCCCCGCUCUCUCCGCAGAGCACCUUCACGCUCAUUCCCCUCCGCUGUAGACGAGCCGCGACGCCUGUCAGCGGCCAGCCGGCGGGUGAAGAGCGUCUGGGCCGAGUUUUAGAGACGGCGCAGAGCUCAGUCUGGCUCGGCCAACCCGCACGCUUGUUUUCCUGUUUGGUUUCCCCCUGGUGUGACAGUCAUCUGAGCGUGGGAGGACACAUGUUUGUGUGAUCUUGACAGUGGAUGUCAUGUCCGUCCGCCGAUCGAGCGCCUGCGUGCGGUAGCUCGGCUGUCCCAGGAGCAGCCUGUGGGUGGAGAGAGAGAGAGAGCGAUGGGAACAUCCACGUUGCUGGAAUGUUUCGCUCGCUCGCGGCCAAUGCGUUGGCUGCCGCGCCCUCUUCGCCUAAUGAGACCUUUCCGGCCAAUCCGCUGUCACCCUGAGGCAGCCCCGCCCCGCCGGCAAUUCCCUCGCAUCAACGGUCACUCGAAAUCAGAGCGCACCGCCAGGGACUCGGCCAUGGGUUACGACAGCGCCUCGGUGAUGAGCAGCGAGUUGGAGUCCAGCUCGUUCGUUGACAGCGAGGAAGACGAGAACGCGAGCAGGCUCAGUAGCUCCACAGAACAAAGUUCUUCUUCACAGCUCAUGCGCAGACACAAGCGGCGACGGCGGAGACACAAAGUGGCCAAAAUAGACCGGUCUUCGUCUUUCAGCAGCAUCACAGACUCCACCAUGAGCCUCAACAUCAUCACCGUCACGCUCAACAUGGAGAAAUACAACUUUCUCGGUAUCAGUAUUGUGGGUCAAAGUAACGACCGAGGAGACGGCGGCAUCUACAUCGGCUCCAUAAUGAAAGGCGGCGCAGUGGCUGCUGAUGGGAGAAUAGAACCUGGAGAUAUGCUCCUUCAGGUGAACGAUGUAAACUUUGAGAACAUGAGCAAUGACGACGCAGUGAGGAUCUUAAGAGAGAUUGUUUCCAAAACUGGUCCCAUUAGUCUUACUGUUGCCAAAUGCUGGGACCCGUCUCCACGGAGUUACUUCACGAUCCCUCGUGCUGAGCCAGUGAGACCCAUUGACCCAGCAGCCUGGAUUUCACACACCACCGCCCUGACGGGACCUUACCCGCACUAUGGUAAAAACAACCAACCAUCACCUGCAACACACUCUAUGAAGCAUCCAUUCUGUGAGUUUGACGACUUGCCUCUGUCUGCAAGUAAAACAGACAUGGCAACCGUCGUCAAGGUGAUGCAGUUGCCCGACUCUGGGCUGGAGAUCCGGGACAGGAUGUGGUUGAAGAUCACCAUCGCCAAUGCCGUCAUUGGUGCUGACGUGGUGGACUGGCUCUACUCCAGAGUCGAGGGAUUCAAGGACCGGCGGGACGCGAGGAAGUACGCCAGCAGUCUGCUGAAACACGGCUACCUGAGACACACCGUCAACAAGAUCACCUUCUCCGAGCAGUGCUACUACACCUUCGGAGACCUCUGCCAAAACAUGGCGUCGCUUAACUUAAACGAGGGAUCCAGCGGCGGAGGCUCGGAGCAGGACACCCUGGCACCGCUGCCUCCCACGACCAACCCCUGGCCUCUGGGCGGGCAGCCGUUCCCCUACCCUCCCUUUCCCUCUGCACCCCCCAGCUUCCCCCCGGGAUACUCAGACCCAUGCCACAGUUUCCACAGUGGGAGCGCAGGCAGCCAGCACAGCGAGGCAAGCCGAAGCAGUGGAUCCAACCCCAGCGCGGGCAAAGGCAGACGCUCCUCUCCGCAGGAGAAGGGUCAAAGGUCAACAUGCAGCGAAUCAGAGCCACGCGUUCGUGGAGGGAGGCGCGGCGAGAGGUCCGCCAGCCAAAUGAGCCAUCACAGCCACGCCGUCUCCAGCCACAGCCACGCCCGGUCGAGCCUCAGUCACAGUCAGUCACACAGGAGUCACUCACAGAACAGCCACCCCUCCUUCGUCCACAGCCACGCCCCCUUCGCCCAGCCGGGGCCGGGCUCGUGCGCCCACAGCGAGCGGAGCCACGCCUCCUCCUACGGCCCCCCGGGCCUGCCCCCUCCUUAUUGUCUGGCCCGUCUGGCGCCCAAGACGUCAGUCAGCAGCACCACGCCCCCCGGAGCCCCCCCUGGGAGGGAGUUAGCGUCCGUUCCUCCCGAACUCACCGCCAGUCGCCAGUCCUUCCAGCACGCCAUGGGCAAUCCCUGCGAGUUCUUCGUUGACAUCAUGUGACAGGACAGUGCCUUCAAAACGCAUCAAGCACAAAACCUCCUCAAAACCCACCCGGGCCCUUUCGCUCCUUCCCCUCAACCUUUUUUUGACCAUCUCGUCUGUCCCGCGAGGCCCUGCAGGAGCACGCCGGGGAGGGGGGGGGGCAGGGGGAGGUGCGACGCCUCUCACGCACACACGAACAGACCCUCGGUGGUGGAAACCCCUCUUUUUGUAUUGACGUGACGUUGUGCCGUUUGUGAAACGUGAGUGGUAUUGUGGUGAUUCUUUAAAUCUGCCACGCAGACAUUCCCGGGAGUGUGUGCUGUUACCUGGGGAUGUUUUCUCUUUAAGCUACUGGGCCUGAAUCUCAAUCGCCCCCCGGACGCCGGCCGACACCCACAGCCCCGCACUUAGGAACACUUCUAUGGGCCUAGAACCUGGAAUUCCUUUACUGACUCAAAUCUAGCUUGUUGCACCAGACCUCCGGCCCCAGUUUCAUGGCCUAUUUGAGCGGCCAAGCCACUAAAACGUUCACCUCGGUCAGUGCACAGUCCAUGGCCGUCUGCAGCUCCAUCAGCGAUGGGGUGUAGGCGGCCAUCGGUCCAACUAGGCUGCACAUUGCAUGACUUUCUCCACUGCGUUAAGGAAAGGAAACGUACUAAUACAUUUUGUUUUAAAGUAUUACUGUUGUAUGGGGAAGGGGGUUACCUCUUGUUCCGCCAAUGUUCAAGACUCAAGUACACUGGAUGAUUUCUGUGACGUUAUUUAUGUGAUCAUGUUUUUGCGUUGAUGGUGUCAUACGUUGUCUACCGAGGCCGACUGACCGACAAUCAAACAUCGCUUAUUGUGAUUGAGUGGCCAAUUUCCACUGUCCUAGCUGUGCUCUGUGGAAUGUAUCAUUAAUCAGUGAUUAAACCCUGACGUUCGUACCACUUAAAAAGAUCUAAAUAAGCAAAGCGACUUACAGACAGGACAUCCCCCCCCAGUGGUGAAAAGCAUCUCAAACCAGUGGCUCAAAGCACCGUGACAUUUCUCAGUUUGAACUUUAAACUGACUUCAGGGGGAAUCCUGGCUUUCAGAUUCUCCUUGCAGAAUAAUGGCAACCCCCCCCAUGCCCCCCCUCGUUGUAGCUCUUGGUAACAAGUAACAAGAGGGAAAUAACACACAAAUAUUAGUUUUGUGAGCACUUUUCCAUUUUUUUCUCUCCCUCCCUUUAGUAUGAAACACUGUUUGCAAUCAAAGCUUUCUCUUCAAUUUUGUUUCUUUACAGAAAAAAAAGAGUAAAUUGUACAUAGAAAUUUAUUAUAUAUAUAAAUAAAAAAUAUAUAUGUUCAA